AGGGAGGACAGAGGUUAGGUUCGAGAUAUUUGCUUAUUAAUAGCAUCUGUAGCAGGAGCAGACGAGAAGCGGACAGUUGAUGUGACUGAAGUCCUGGGAGUGGAGUCCCAAUCUGGAUGCUUUAUUCCUUCAGUGUGCAGGUGGAUUCAGCGCAGACACAGCAGCAGUGAGGAUGGGAGGUGGAGGCCAGCAAACGGACCAUGGAGAGGCACACAGCGGGGGAGAUGCAGGUGUUUACACCUGGGAGGAGGUGCAGAAACACAACAGCAGGAAUGAUCAGUGGCUGGUCAUCAAUCGAAAGGUUUACAACAUCACUCAGUGGGCCAAAAGACACCCAGGAGGGUCUCGGGUAAUCGGCCACUAUGCUGGGGAGGAUGCCACGGAAGCCUUCACCGCUUUUCACCCUGAUCAAAAGUUUGUGCAAAAGUUUCUGAAGCCUCUGCUAAUUGGAGAGUUGAAAGCGACAGAGCCAGGCCAGGACCACCGCAAAAAUGCAGCAAUCAUACAAGAUUUUGACACUCUCCGAGUGCAGGCAGAGAAGCAGGGUCUUUUUCAGGCUAAACCUUUGUUUUUCUGCCUCCAUCUGGGUCACAUCAUGUUGCUGGAGGCCCUUGCGUAUCUGAUGGUCUUGCAUUGGGGGACGAGCUGGAUGCUGACGUUUUUGUGUGCAGUGAUGAUGGCAACUGCUCAGGCUCAGGCUGGAUGGUUGCAGCAUGACUUUGGUCACCUGUCUGUCUUCAAGAAGUCUCGGUGGAAUCACCUGAUACACAAGUUUGUCAUUGGACAGUUGAAGGGAGCUUCAGCCAACUGGUGGAAUCAUCUUCAUUUCCAACAUCAUGCCAAACCCAACAUUUUUAAGAAAGACCCUGAUCUCCACACGUGGAACAUGUUUGUACUUGGAGCCACUCAGCCAGUGGAGUAUGGUAUAAAAAAGAUCAAACACAUGCCCUAUAACCACCAACACAAGUACUUCUUUCUGGUGGUACCACCACUACUACUUCCAGUUUUCUUCAACAUUAACAUAAUGAAGACCAUGAUUGCUCGUCGGGACUGGAUGGAUCUGGCUUGGUACAUGAUGUACUACUUUCGUUUCCUCUACUGCUACAUACCUUUGUAUGGUGUGUUUGGUUCACUGGCUCUUGUGACCUUUGUCAGGUUUUUGGAGAGUCACUGGUUUGUGUGGGUGACUCAGAUGAGCCACCUGCCAAUGGAGAUUGAUAACGAGAAGCACCAAGACUGGGUGACCAUGCAGCUACAAGCCACUUGUAAUAUUGAGCAGUCCUUCUUCAACGACUGGUUCAGCGGACAUCUCAACUUUCAAAUUGAACACCAUUUGUUUCCCAGGAUGCCACGCCAUAACUACCAUCUGGUGGCCCCCCAGGUCCGUGCUCUGUGUAAGAAACAUGGGAUUCCAUAUAAGAUGAAGACUUUGUGGCAAGGCAUGGCUGAUGUUGUGAGGUCACUGAAAACCUCAGGAGAUCUUUGGCUUGAUGCGUAUCUUCAUAAAUGAAAAGCUUUUUGUAAAAGGAGAGGUGUUUUUCUUUUCUCAUGAAGCUAAAAAUGAUUAUAUCUUUGGACAUUAAAAAAUCCAAUUAAUAUUGUUAAUAUAUUUUCUUUUUUGUUUUUGUUUGUUUUGUAAUUGUUAGCAGAUUGGCUCAAUCUUAACCACAAUAAAUGAGAAAACUGGAAGUGAAGAAUUUCAUGUCUGUUAAAUUAAAUAAUUACACUGACAUAUAAGUGAAGAUUAGAAUGUUUUAUUUUUCUUCUCUAAUGUAAUUUCUUCAAAUGUGAUUCUCCAUUUUCUGUUUCUCUUCACAAUAAACAAAGUUGACAUUU